CCAUGGACACUUUGCCCGAGAGAGUACGUGUGUUAUCAGAGGUCGGCACCUCUCUUGAUCAACUCGCUGGCGAAAAAUCACACAAACACAAAACCAAAUAGCACAACUUUGCUCCAAAUCUUUUCUUGUCUCAUAUCCUCUCGUCAAAAAAUGGUCCAGCUUUCAAACCUUCUAGUGGGCUUGACCUUGGCCUCGAUGGCUGUCGCCCUUCCUGCCGCAAACAUGGACAUUGCCCCGGCGGCUAACUAUCGAAGACUUCCACAACCUGAGCACGAUGCUGCUUGGGAAGCAACCCUUGUGAAGAAGCAUGGCGGUCCAGGCCAUCACGACGGCCCUCCAAAACCAGACCCAAGCUCUUCAUGGGGGCACGGGAAGAACGAGAAGCGUCAUGGUGGUAGGCCAGAGCACAACAGCCACCCGGGAGCACCUUCGCCUACAGAUGGAUACCAUCAUGGACAUCUAAACAAGCGCCACGGAGGUCACGACGGACAUUACCCACCUGGUGCCCCUCAUCCCACAGGCAGCCCGCACCAUGAAGGGCAGUACGGAAGAAACUCUUUCAUGAAGCGGCACGGACCUCAUCACAACGGCCCCUGGCGCCCAUCUCCUACCGGGUAUGUGGCUCGCCAUGAAGAACACAAGCCCCAUCACCCAAAACCGACCGGGGGCUACGAGCCCCACCCAGGUCAUGGCGACUGGCAUGUGCCCCAACCCAAGCAGAAGGACUAAGACUCCGGGCCUUUGCCUCAUCCAAACUGUCCCUCGCAAUUUUCCGGCAACGAUGCAAAAUGUGUAAAAUUCAAUCUAUACGGCAGCGUCACGCUGCUUGAAAUAUCCUGAUAGACUAUCUAGGGCAUGCAUCAAGCGUUGACUGCUGCCACAAUCCUUUGAAAUGGAGAUUCUGUCUCACUUUUACUUUUCUUGGCUGGAGUCCGUAUUGCCUGUA